UUGCGCCAGGGGUGAAUUAUUUAUCUUUGCUCCUCAUCUCUUUGCUCAGCCAAGGCAGGGAUUAAAGGGCUGCCUAGUACUCCCCAGUCUGCAUGCUAUGCCUCUCUCCCUCCAGUGACCUCAGCCUUGACGUUGUUGCGCACAGAUGCUCCGGGAGCUCUUUCCACAUUCACUCACACAGUCCUUCCCUCCUUCCUCAGCAGGUCCUUGAAGAGGGAACUCUAGAGCAUACAGGCACCACCACAGUCUUCUUGGGUUGCCAGCAAAGGACUGGAAGCCAUGGCCGAAGGGUACCUGCAGGAUGCCAAGGAUGGGGAAAUUGUGGACCAGAUUGACAAGUACCUCUAUCACAUGCGGCUUUCCGAUGAAACCCUGCAAGAGAUCUCAGACCGGUUCCGCAAAGACAUGGAGAAGGGCCUUGGGGCCGACACCAACCCUACGGCCUCCGUCAAAAUGUUGCCCACGUUCGUGAGGUCUACCCCGGAUGGAACAGAGGAAGGAGACUUCUUGUCCUUGGAUCUUGGGGGAACAAACUUCCGAGUGUUAAGAGUCAAGGUUGCUGACAAUGGCAGCAAGAAAGUAGAAAUGGAGAACCAGAUCUAUGCGAUUCCAGAGGAUCUGAUGAGAGGAAGUGGCACACAGCUCUUUGACCACAUUGCUGAAUGCUUGGCCAGCUUCAUGGACCAGCUGCAGAUAAAAGACAAGAAGCUUCCCCUGGGCUUCACCUUCUCCUUCCCUUGCUACCAGACCAAACUGGAUGAGAGCAUCCUUGUUACGUGGACCAAAGGAUUCAAAUCCAGUGGCGUGGAAGGGAGGGAUGUGGUUUCCCUCUUGCGCAAAGCCAUCAAGAAACGAGGGGACUUUGACAUAGACAUCGUUGCUGUGGUGAAUGAUACUGUUGGGACAAUGAUGACCUGUGGAUACGAUGACCACAACUGUGAAGUUGGACUAAUUGUCGGAACUGGUUCCAAUGCUUGCUACAUGGAGGAGAUGCGCCACAUUGACUUAGUGGAAGGGGACGAGGGGCGCAUGUGCAUCAACAUGGAGUGGGGAGCCUUUGGGGAUGAUGGGGUUCUGAACGACAUCAGGACGGAGUUUGACCGGGAGAUUGACAUGGGCUCCUUGAACCCCGGCAAGCAAUUAUUUGAGAAGAUGAUCAGCGGCAUGUACAUGGGUGAGCUGGUCAGGAUCAUCCUGGUAAAGAUGGCCAAAGAAGAGCUUCUCUUUGACGGGAGGCUCACUCCGGACUUGUUGACCCGGGGACAUUUUGAGACCAGAUUCGUCUCUGCCAUUGAAAAGGAGAAGGAAGGCCUGUCCAAAGCCAUGGAGAUCUUGACCCGUCUGGGUCUGGAGCCAUCCCACCAGGACUGCAUUGCCAUUCAGCGCAUCUGCGAGAUCGUCUCCACCCGGUCGGCCAACCUCUGUGGGGCGGCUCUUUCUGCCGUCCUUCGCCGGAUCAAGGAGAACAAGGGGGUGGACCGGCUGCGGACCACCGUUGGGGUGGAUGGUACCGUCUACAAGAAGCACCCCCAUUUUGCCCGGCGCCUACAAAAAGCAGUGCGCCGCCUUCUUCCAGAUUGUGAAAUCCGCUUCAUCCGGUCAGAGGAUGGAAGUGGCAAAGGGGCGGCCAUGGUGACGGCCGUGGCAUACCGGCUGGCAGCCCAACACAAGGCCCGGCAGGAGAUCCUGGAUCCCCUCCGUCUGAGCCAUGAGCAGCUGAUGGAGGUCAAGAGGCGGAUGAGGCAGGAGAUGGAGCGAGGCUUGGGCCAGGAGAGCCACCCGGAAGCCACCGUCAAGAUGCUGCCCACCUACGUCUGCUCCACUCCGGACGGCACAGAAAAAGGGGACUUCCUAGCCUUGGAUCUCGGGGGCACGAACUUCCGCGUGCUGCUGGUGCGAAUCCGCAACGGGAUGCGACGGAGUGUGGAGAUGCACAACAAGAUCUAUGCCAUCCCUCAGGAGAUCAUGCAAGGGACAGGAGAUGAGCUCUUUGACCACAUUGUCCACUGCAUUGCGGACUUCUUGGAGUACAUGGGGAUGAAGGGCAUCUCCCUUCCCUUGGGCUUCACCUUCUCCUUCCCUUGUCACCAGAACAGCCUGGAUGAGGGAAUUCUCCUGAAAUGGACCAAAGGUUUCAAUGCCACGGGAUGCGAAGGGGAAGACGUGGUGGGACUCCUGAAAGAAGCCAUGCACAGGAGAGAGGAGUUUGACCUGGAUGUGGUUGCUGUUGUGAAUGACACCGUGGGAACCAUGAUGACCUGCGGCUAUGAAGACCCUUAUUGCGAAGUUGGGCUUAUUGUUGGAACUGGAAGCAACGCUUGCUACAUGGAGGAGAUGAAGAACGUGGAGCUGGUGGAAGGGGACGAGGGGCGCAUGUGUAUCAACAUGGAGUGGGGUGCCUUUGGGGACAAUGGCUGCCUGGAUGACUUCCGGACGGAGUUCGACGUAGCGGUGGAUGAAAACUCCCUGAAUGCAGGGAAGCAACGGUAUGAGAAAAUGAUCAGCGGCAUGUACUUGGGGGAAAUCGUCCGGAACAUCCUCAUUGAUUUCACCAAGCGAGGGCUACUCUUCCGCGGGCGGAUCUCCGAGCGCCUGAAGACCCGGGGGAUCUUUGAGACAAAGUUCCUCUCUCAGAUUGAAAGUGACCGCCUGGCUUUGCUCCAAGUCCGUUCCAUCCUCCAGCACCUUGGCCUGGAAAGCACAUGCGACGACAGCAUCAUCGUGAAAGAAGUGUGCACCAUCGUGGCCCGGCGCGCGGCCCAGCUUUGCGGGGCAGGGAUGGCGGCCGUGGUGGACAAAAUCCGAGAGAACCGGGGGCUGGACUUCCUCAAGAUCACUGUCGGUGUGGAUGGGACCCUCUACAAACUCCAUCCCCACUUCUCGGCAGUCAUGCAUGAAACCGUGAGGAAGCUUGCUCCCAAAUGCGACGUGAGCUUCCUCCAGUCCGAGGACGGAAGCGGCAAAGGGGCGGCCCUCAUCACGGCCGUGGCGUGCCGCAUCCGGGAAGCCGGCCAGCAUUAAGUUGACCGUGGCUGGAGAACUGGGUCUCCCUUUCCCCAAGACCCACCUUUGUGGGCGUCCCUCCUUCAUUCCUCUGGGGUCUCAGGCCGAAUCCUCAUUUCCCUCUUUUGCUCCGAAGACGCCAACAAGGAGACCCAAGGCCUGGUGUCUCCCCUACAGAAGUAUUCCUUGGACUCUUCUGCAUGCCCUACGAAGAGUACAUAUCGAGUCGAACCCUAAAAGUGUCUCUCCUCCCAACUCCAACACAAGUGUCAGCUGUAACCUAUGGCAGUCCCCACGCUGUGUCUUCUGUAGAUGUGGCGGGCGGUUUAAGACGCCCUGCAUUAUCCCUUUACCUCCAGGAAGGACCCAUCUUGGUCCCUCUCCAAACCUUAGGACCAACAGGAACAGGAAUAAAAUAUACACAAAAGGGAUGGAGAAUGGGCUUGAAAGACCAAGAUGAUGUUUCCAUGAAAAGCCAGGGCAUCUCUCCUUUUCAAAGCACAAAGGAUGCUCCUUUUCAGGCCUGCAAAGUUCACAGAGGGAUACUUGGAGUAUAUCCACACAUUUAUAGGUCUCUGAUACUCCUUUGAUAGCCAUGUAUUUCCAUCUCGUGAAAUCCUGGGAUUUGUAGCUUAGAAUUCCAUUGCAGCAUUACUGCAAAAUCCCAGGACUCCAUAGGAUGGAUCCCUGGAAGUUAAAGCGGCAUCAAGGUGAUGCAACUGUGGCUUUCAAACCUGGGUCUUCCAAGUGUUUGGGACAUGCGACUCUCAAUAGCCCCAGUCAGUUUUGUCUACAAUUAGGGAUUUUGUGGAGUGAAGUUCAAGAUCCCUGGGCUUGACUUUGCACUCUCAGUAUCCAGUUUGGGAGAAUGAUGUAGUUUAAACAAUAACUCCAUGGGAUUUAGGUGAAGAUGCUUCAUUGAUUUGGAAAGCUGAAUGUGUGCCUGGGAUUUCCAGGGCUGGAAGGGAGAUUGAGGCGGUUGGCCUGUCUCCUAACUUGUCCUACCCUUUUAGAUUCAGAUGCAUCCCACAACGAUGUGGAUGUGUGGGUUCAUGUGUAGAAAAGCCUGUCCCUUUGGCAGCCGGCAUCCUGUUGCCCCUGCUUUCUGCUGCUAUUGUAAAUAGACGAAGAGAAGUCAUCUCCCCCAACACUUUCCCCCACAAAAACCUUGCAAAGCACUGUCUUUAUCCUGGUCCCGAAGGCGAGGGGUCACUUAUUUUCCGUCUGUGGAAUUGCACCGUCACUUGACCUCACAUCUGGCAUGCUCCUGUAGAAGAGAUCCGUUGCAAAAGGGAAAAGUGUGUGUUUCUGUACAUAGAAAAAAAGAAGGCAGGGAUUCUGUGUGUGUGUAUACUAUUGCCAGUAUUUAUGUUUAAGCAGAGAGUAGUUUGAAGGGUAACACUUCUUCUUUGAGAAACCAAAAUGUUUGAGGUCGGCUCAUUGGGACGUAGGCUGAAAACGGCGUCUGGAAGUAUUCAGAAAUUUAAUUUAUGGACUGAUUUUCUGGGCAGUUGGUUAAACUUUUAGACUUCGCCUGGAAUUAAUGACUAUAAUGAAUUUGCUGCAAUGGGAAAAGUCGAAACAGUAUUGUUUGGUGUUUCGGUGGUUAAAAUCAUGAAUUUUCCAUUUGUUGCUAUGAAAGUGGAGAAGUCAGGCCAAGAGAGUCUUCUUCCAGCAUAUUUUUCCAAAACUCCAUUCUGAGGAAUAUGAUUUGCUCAUGGCUCAGAAAGUAACGUUUUAAAUUUUAUGUCCAAUUCAGAAUAAAACCAAUUGAAAUACAGAGUCCACCACCGACUCCAAAUCCAUCCUUGUCUUGGUCAUAUUUGAUUCCUGUUGGAAGUCAAGUGGAGUUUUGCUUCCUAGCAUUUGCAAAACUAAGAUUUAGUAAUAGUUUUCUUUCCAGCUUCUCGUCCAACAGAAAUCAAUGCAUUAGCCCCAUCCCUUAAGUGUGCCUACGGAUGAAAUGGGGGAAUAAUAAUAUUAACAACAAUAUUUAAUUGAUCGCCCGCCUUUCCCUGUGGAUUGAGGUGGGUUACAACAAAAAGGGAUGUUGGUGAACUCUUUGUCCCAGAUGCUUCCAAAGGUAUUUUCAGUCUUGUUUCCUUAAGUGACGUUUUCAAAGACAGCGGCUGGCUCACCGCUUUGGUUUCCUAUUGCAGUCCUCACUGUUUUGUUUGGUCUUCAAUGUGAAGAGAGAGAAAGGAGGGUUUUUCCUAAGGGAAAGUCAUAGCUGGGGUGGAAAGGAGGGGAGAAUAGUCCCAGAUUCCUAAACUGCCGACCAAGCAGUUUGUAUUAAUAAAGAGAAGGAAGAUAUUAUUUUUGGUACCUAUUCAAUGUAAGGCAGUGCCUGCUGGCGAUGUACAAAAUACGUUCUUUGAGUAGGCUGCUGCUAUCAGUUUGAAGGGAUAUAUUUUUGUUGUCUAUUUUUUUAAUCUCUAUAUCUAUAUUUAUAUAGCUUGGAAUGACUGAAGAACCAAAACCGUAUCUCCGGCAGCGAGGUCUGGAUUCAAAUUAAAGCACAUUUUACCUUUCCUCUCUCCUUUUAGUAAAUUGUCAAAUGUGUGCAGUUUUGUUUUGAAAUGAAAAGCACCAAAACUGCAACGAAGGUGACAAAUUCUGAAAACUGCACAUUGCAAUGAAAAUCUACGUUGCGCAAACCUUGACAUAAAUUUGGUGUGUUUUUCAGUACAACAGGAAAAGAAGCUACUUGCGCCAAACAAUUGUACUGGUUUUACUGGAAAUCAUGCUGGAAAUGAUGGGAAACACCCAUCUUUUUGAUGUAUUGUCUCGUGGAGAGAGGGAUAGUAUUUUUUUCCUCCAAAACUUGAAUACGAAUAGUUGCCAAGAUUGUACCUCCUCUGGAAAUGAAUUUGUAUUGUGCCGCUUAUGAAAUAUGUUCAGUGAAAAAUCUUUAUUUUGCCAUGAUUGUUUAUUCAAAAGGGAAGAAAAGAGUAGUAAUAAAAUAUAUUUUCUGUG